CUCAUUUAGAGCCCCCCCCCUCCAGCUCCCCGUUUACUGAGAUACACGAUUGCAACACCACAGAUUAUUAACGCGGUGAGAUACGAUGUGAUCGCUGCAGAGACAACAUCCAGAGAGGUUCAAUGGACAUCUUCUCAGAGGCAUCUCUGGAUAUUUAUGCUCAUGGAUUUCCUUCUCAUUGGACUGUACUUGAAGUGGCCCCUGAAGAGGCCCCCCGGGGCGGCGCUGUGUCUCCUGGGGGUGGCCCUGAGGGCGCUGCCCCCGGUGGGGGCGGCGUGUCCCCGGCUGUGCCGCUGCGACAGCAAGCUGCUGUACUGCGAGGGGCUGAACCUUACGGACAUCCCCCGCAACCUGAGCAGCGCCCUGGGCCUGUCCCUGAGGGACAACAGCCUGACGGAGCUGCGUGAGGGCCAGCUGCCGGGCCCCUCGCAGCUCACCUGGCUCUACCUGGACCACAACAGCAUCGGCGCGGUGGAGGAGGGGGCCUUCGAGCGGCUGAGGCGGCUCAAGGAGUUGGACCUGAGCAGCAACCGGAUCCCCGCGCUGCCCAACGGCACCUUCAGGCCCCUCCCCAACCUGCGCAUCCUGGACCUCUCGUCCAACCGGCUGCAGGCGCUGGAGCCGGACCUGUUCCUCGGCCUGAGGAAGCUCACCAACCUGCACCUGCGCUACAACCUUUUGAAGUUGGUGCCGGUGCGUAUUUUUCAAGACUGCCGGAGCAUGCAGUUCCUGGACUUGGGAUACAACCGACUGCAGAGCCUGGCGAGGAACUCCUUCGCCGGCCUCUCGCAGCUGACGGAGCUGCACCUGGAGCACAACGAGCUGGUGAAGGUCAACCUGGCCCACUUCCCGCGCCUCGUCUCCUUGCGCACGCUCUACAUGCACCACAACCGCGCCGCCGUCGUGGUCAACACGCUGGACUGGACCUGGCCUUUCUUGGAGAAGAUCGACCUCUCGGCCAAUGAGAUCGAGUUCAUGGAGCCGCACGUCUUUGAGAGCGCGCCCAACCUCAAGGUGCUGAUGCUGGGCUCCAACCGGCUGCGCUCCGUGGACCGGCGCACGCUGGCCUCCUGGGCGUCUCUGGGCAGCAUCUCGCUGGCGGCCAACGAGUGGGAGUGCAGCCGCAACGUGUGCUCGCUGGCCUCCUGGCUGGGCGCCUUCGCCGGCCGGCGGGACGGCGCCCUGCGCUGCUCCAGCCCCGACGCGGCGCAGGGCGAGGACGUGCUGGAUGCCGUGUCUGCGUUCCAGCUCUGCGAGGACCCCCCGGCGAAGGCGACCGCGGCGGGCCCGUACGCCUCGACAAGGGACCCGGUCCGGGGGGGGUCGGCGUUCCUCGGCCCGUACGGAGGCGAGGCGGUCACCGGCUCUCUCGCGGUCACGGCGGGCCUCGACGACCUGGAGAGCGCCAUGCAGAUCCACAAGGUGGUGACCGGCACCAUGGCGCUCAUCUUCUCCUUCCUCAUCGUGGUGCUCGUGCUCUACGUGGCGUGGAAGUGCUUCCCGGCGGGACUCCGGCAGCUGAGGCGCUGCUUCGGCAGCCAGCGCCGGAAGCAGAAGCAGAAGCAGAGCAUGCAGCAGAUGGCGGCCAUCUCCACCCCGGAGUACUACGUGGACUACAAGCCCGACCACAUCGAGGGGGCGCUGGUCAUCAUCAACGAGUACGGCUCCUGCACCUGCCAACAACAACCUUCUCGGGAAUGCGAAGUGUGACACGGCCUGUGAGGGAAUACAGAACAUCCCUUUGUGGGAGGAAUACUGAGGGAGGGUUUCUGACUGUUUACAUCUCACUGUGACGAGGAGGACUGUUGUGGAUUUACUGCUAUCUGCUGCACAUGGGAGGCCACAGGGGCCGAUGCCAGCGGACUCUAGGACCUGGGGGUGUCCGGCAGCACGGAUGGAUAUUUGAGCUUUAAUGUUUCUUUCUACUUCAGGACAUUUAAUUAUUGUUUAAAAAGAAACGGGACACACUUAAGAAGAAGAAAAAAGAAGAAGAAAACCCAUUUGUAUUAUGGUGAACACAAUAUUUGACAAGCAUUUAAAAUAUUUUAAAAAAUGUUUACGUCAGAUUAAAAAAUGUAAAAUACAAAUGUGUGUAAAAUAUGUUAAAAAGAUGACUGCAAGUGUGGAUACAAAGUUAUAAAAGAUAAUCUAUUUCUUUUGUAAAACUACAAAAUAUCUUUAAAUAAAUGAAUUGCUCUUCCCAGUAAAGUCUUUCUCCUGGAAGACGUGUUGCUGCAGUCACCAAAACAAGAGCUGGAGGCCUCUAGAUCUCUUCUGUGAACUUGUGUUGUUUCAUCACGCUACCUGUCGUUUGUUUCCCUUCAUGUUGCCGAUCCAGAGGAUCCAGAGGAUCCAUCACAAUGCUCCUCCCCGGGUCCAGGUAGCGACUCUCCUCUGGACCCGGGCCCAGCAGAAGCUUCAGGAAGAGCCCCGUGUUCACUGUGUCCAUGUGAUGUAAAUGUGUGUUGAAUACAAGGCCACGCCGAGGCGUGUGUGUC